GGCGCCAUCGUUGAUUUUGGCGACAAAACAAUGGCCACUGGCUUUGGCGGCAAUGGGAGUAGCAGUUGCAAGUACAAGUGCGACACUGCCGCCAAUACUCUGCAAUGGAUAAAAGCCAUCGCCGACUUCAUUAGACCUUACUCGUUCCUGAUCAAUGCUCCCGUCGUCAAUUUUUUUAAGGAUAGACUAUGGGAAGCUGUUGAUGAGGAAUGGAUGGAGUGCUUGCGCAAGGAACAUGUGAAGAAUCUGCUUCUAAUUCCUUCUGGAGCUGUCCAGGAAUACUGGCCAGAUUCACUAAAGAAAUUUAUCCGUACUUCAAGAUCUCUUGCCUUUGGACGUGAACAAGCAGACUUGCAGAUGGUUCUACCUGGUUGGUGCAUCGCUUCACUUAACACUGUUCUUUCUCAAGGCAUGAAUCAGAAGAAAAAACAUGAAGUUGAAGUCCUUUCCGCCAUUAUUAGUUUGAUUGCAAGUGACCUGAAAAGUCAUGCAAUUGUUGAUGUUGGUGCUGGGCAGGUAACACUUACUUUCAUUACUGUAUGCAAGAUGGCGCAAGUGCUUUCCUUCCAUUACAAGCAUUCAGUUCUUGCAAUUGAUGCUUGUUCUCAUCAUGGAAAUGUGACAAGUGCACGUUCAGAACGGAUUAAGAAGUAUUACUCAGCACAGAUUCGUAAAUCUGGAUUGGAAACCAACAAUUUGAGACUGCCGAAGGCAAUGACAUUUCAUGUAUUAUCCGUUGAUGCAUUAAAAUCCCUUGCUAACAUGUCACUACAAGACGAUCAUGCUGAUAAGACAAGUGUGACUGGCGAUGAUCUAGAGAAAACCAAUCGGCAGGAGUCAAAGGGUUUGUGCCGUUCAGGCAAAGAGCCUUCAUUGGUUCUUGCUGGACUUCAUGCUUGCGGUGAUCUUUCAGUGAUAAUGCUCAGGACCUUUGUUGAGUGCAAGGAAGUAAAAGCAGUCAUUAAUAUUGGUUGCUGUUACAACCUACUCUCGGAGUAUGGAUCUGACUAUGAAGGUGUCCAAAAUGGAUUUCCAAUGAGCUUUGGUGUCAAAUCUUCUGGCUUGUUUCUGGGAAAAAGUGGCAGAGACCUUGCAUGUCAGAGUGCAGAAAGAUGGAGGAAUUUGGAAAAUGAGGGUGGUGUCCAUAAUUUUGAGUUGCAUGCUUUCCGUGCUGCUUUCCAAAUGGUACUCUAUAAAUAUUAUCCAGAAGUUGUAGCAACUUGCCCAUCUGUUGGGCGUCAAGGAAAGGCAUUGCGUCGUCGAAAGAAAAGGGAGGCUGCAUUAUCCUCACAGUGUCAUGAAGAUAAGCUUGAGGCAUCACAAUCAGAUCUUAUUGGGGGGUUGCCAGACAAGAGCAAUGCCUUUUCUCACACCAUUUCUGACUAUGGGAGUACGCCAUGUGAACAGGCCAAAUCUGUUGACAAAUAUCUUCUUUUUGAAAAUUUUUGUCAAUCUGGAUUAAAUCGCCUUGGACUUCAAUCUUUGCAGGAUAUGGAUUAUUAUGGAAUCUGGAUGGACAAUGAGCCUUUUGCUGAACUUAUUGGGCCUUACUGGUCUCUUCGAGCUGCUCUGGGCCCAGUUUUGGAAACAUGUAUUCUGCUUGACAGAUUACUAUUUCUCCAGGAGCAAGGUGAAUCCCUUGAAGCCAUGUUGCUACCUAUUUUUGAUCCGGAUUUAUCACCGAGGAAUGUGGCUAUAAUCGCUCGGAAAUUUGGUGCAACAUAAGAUUCAUUAGGAGAAAGGAUUUAAUGGUUCUGGAUUAAUGCAUAAUUCAAGUGCUGAGGAUGAAUUAUUCAAAUUCUGCAGAACUUAUGGGUUCCCUUUUCUCACUGUUUGUAUUUCAUUUCAGAUUAUUCCUUUAACUUUCCAAUACUGUCAUUUCUGAUAUCUGUCUUUUAUAAUGGCUAUUUACAGCCUCACAGGCAUAAUUUAUAUUGCCCAAUGGUAUUAUUAAAAUUCAUUGUUAGUAA